GCACCAUACGAAAAUGGCGAACACGAGCACUCCGAUGAACGAAGAGCUGAAAAAAUAAUUAUUAUUUUAAAUUCCGUUUUGCCAGCGAAAUUCCUCUCCUGCGUGCGUGUGCGGUGUGUGAAAAAGUGCGGAAAAGCGUGGGUAAAUCGCGGAAAUCGCCAUGCAGAGGCCAAAGUUCAGUGUCAGCAAAAUGGUAAUGGAAACCCGAAUGCAGCGACAGCAUGCCAGCAGCCAGUAUAUCAAAUAGAAUAAAAUUAAGUUUUUGCGAAUUAUGAAAAACCAAUCGCUUAUGUACGUGUGCGUGCGUGCGUGCGACGAGUGCUCCCAGUGUGUGUGUCCGUGUGUGCGCGAGUUUGUAGAUGUGUGCGAGCGAAGAAGCAGAAGGCAGAGCGAAAUGCAAAUAGCUGCCUAGCAAAAUAAAAAUAAAAGCGAACCAAAUUAAUAAGGUGAACAACAGACGAAAUAAACACACAGAAACAACUACAACUGCAAAUACAAAUAAAAACUGGCGGUAAAUACGCAUGCAGUACAAAAGCAGCAAUAACAACAACGGCAAACACAACGUAAGACGUGAAAAUCCACGAAAAAUACGAACAUAAAACUCGUUGACGUAUUUGUCUAUUAUUAUGCAAAAGAGCAACAAAUCGCAGGCAGGCGGCAAAUUGCAGCAGCAGAAAUUCAGUAUAAAUAGAAAAAAGGACGAGGAAAGACGUCUGUGAGCCGUUGAGCCAUUGUUGAGCAUCUCGCAAGGAACACAAAAUAAAGGAAAAUAAAAAUCAGCAACAGGAACUCGAAGAAGAUUUCAAAUACAUCAAAAUGGCUGCAGUACGAGGACAUCAGUACUUCAGUUUGCGCUGGAACAACUAUCAGAACACAAUGACUUCGGUGUUCCAGCAGCUACGCGAGGAUCUGUCCUUUGUGGAUGUCACCCUGUCCUGCGAACACGGAUCCCUCAAGGCGCACAAGGUUGUUUUGUCCGCCUGUUCAACGUAUUUCCAAAAACUUUUACUGGAGAACCCGUGCAAACAUCCCACAAUCAUCCUGCCCGCCGACAUUAUCUUCACCGAUCUGAAAACCAUCAUUGAUUUUGUUUAUCGCGGAGAAAUUGAUGUCACCGAAUCGGAACUACAGGGCCUCUUGCGCACCGCCGAACAAUUAAAGAUCAAGGGCCUCUGCGAAACCGCCGAGAAUGCAGAUGAUUUAAACGACGCAGCCACAGCAACGAUCACAGUAUCGGAGAACAUUCAGCAGGCGGUUGUUGGAAACAUUGUGAAUGCCACCAUAGUUCCUGGAGCAGCUUCGCCAUCCUUGGAACAGCAACAGCAGCACCAGGCACAGGACCAGCAGCAGGUUCAUGCCCAGCAACAGCAGCAACAAAUCAACGCCGCCUUGCUGACGCAACACGGAGGAGUGCCAAGUGGCAGCAGUGGUGUUCCCCUAUCCGGACAGUUGUUGAGCUCCACAGCCAGCGGCAGUAGCGGUAGCUCGGGUUCCGGUGGACAGCAGACUUCACUGACGCCAUCCGGCCUGCAGGCGACGCCACGCAAGUCCCGGCUAAAGCGCUCCAAGUCACCGGAUUUGCCAACAGGAUCUGGAAGCUCUGGUGGCUCAAGUAGUUCACAGUCACAGCACCAGCAGCAACCGCAGCCGGCACACCACCAUCCCCACCAGACCAUUCUCAUCCAGGGUCAGAAUCCCACCUCAAUUGUUAGCCUGCAGCAGACGGCCGACGGCAACUAUAUACCGGUGGGCGCAGGAACUGGCGACGAAUCGGACACCGAGAACGAUCACGAGCACGAACACGAGCAUAUCCACGGGCACGGACACGGACACGGACACCCACACGGACACGGCCACAGUCACAGUCACAGUCACGACCACGAUCACGAGCUCGAGAAUAAACCGAAUAAGAUCUGCAAGACGGAACAGUCGGUGGCAUCGCCGGCAUCCAAUUCAUCGAGCGCCAACUCAAACAAUGCAGCGGGCGUGAGCGGCGGCGUGUCCACCACCGGCAACCAAGCCAUCGUCACACAAAUUGUAGUAGCGCGCGACGGAAAAGAUACAAAAAAUAUGACUAGUUUAGGCAUGGGCAUGAACGGCGGCCUGUUGGGCGUGCCCAUGGGAUUCCUGGACUUUACACCCGAGCCACCAGCACCAUCCGCCACCCCAGUCACCGUUACGGAGCACGUCGAUCUGUCCUGCAACCCCAGCACGGACACGCGCGAUCUAUCAAAUCCCACCGAACCGCUCGACAUUGACAAUCAUUUGGCCCAGCAAAUACAUCGGCUCGAUCAGUCCCCCAUGCACUCGAUAUCCCAUCACCAUACCGGCGACGAGAGCAACUCGAAUCUGGUGCAGCACAUCAAGAGCGAGGUGAUCGAGGCCAAGCACCUGGCAGCUGCUGCCCAGCAGCAUGCUCUCAACCAGGCCCAGCAGCAGCAGCAGCAUGCCCAUCACCAAGCCCAGCAGCAGCACCAGCAACAGCACCAGCAACAGCAGCACCAGCAGCAGCAACAGCAGCAGCAACAACAGCAGCAACAGCAACAGCAGCAUCUUCAUGCCCAGCAGUUGCAGGCCCAGUUGCAGCAGCAACAGCAGCAGCAACACCACCAGCAACAGCAGGCGGCGGCAGCAGCGGCCGCAGCUGCUGCAGGUGUGCAUGGCCAACAUGGGGGACACGUGACGCACGCCGAUAUUGGUGGAGCCACAGUCAUGGAGAUCGAUCCGAGCCAAAUUAAACACGAGCCGGGCAUGAUAAUAACGCCAGAGAUUGUCAAUAUGAUGUCCUCAGGACAUAUGGACAUGUACAAUUCGGACACGAGCGAGGAUUCAAUGAUGAUCGCCAACGGCUCGCCACACGAUCAGAAGGAGCCGCACUAUACGAAUUUGGAUCAGCAGCACGGUCUGGGCGGCGGCAGCGUUUGUGGCCCGGGGCCAGGUGGUGCUGGUGGUGGUGGGGGCAUGAGUGGUGGGGCUGGCUCUGGCUCUGGCGAGAAAGGUCAGUUUAAUGGUCCCAAAGCUUGGACACAAGAUGAUAUGAAUUCAGCUUUAGAUGCAUUAAAGAACCAAAACAUGAGCCUGACGAAAGCGUCCGCCAUUUAUGGCAUCCCAUCGACCACCCUGUGGCAACGUGCUCAUCGUUUGGGCAUCGAAACGCCCAAGAAGGAGGGCGGCACCAAGUCGUGGAACGAGGAUGCUCUGCAGAAUGCCUUGGAGGCGUUACGUUCGGGUCAGAUAUCCGCGAACAAAGCGUCCAAGGCCUUUGGCAUACCCUCGUCGACGCUCUACAAGAUUGCCCGACGGGAAGGCAUCCGCCUUGCGGCACCGUUCAAUGCCGCCCCAACCACGUGGACGCCCGAGGAUCUGGAGCGUGCCUUGGAGGCGAUACGGGCGGGUAAUACAUCGGUGCAGAAGGCAAGCGCCGAGUUUGGCAUACCAACAGGAACACUUUAUGGACGCUGCAAAAGGGAGGGCAUUGAGCUAUCGCGUUCGAAUCCAACACCCUGGUCCGAGGAUGCCAUGAACGAGGCCCUCAACUCUGUGCGUGUCGGCCAAAUGUCCAUCAACCAGGCGGCCAUUCACUACAACCUGCCCUACAGCUCGCUCUACGGCCGCUUCAAGCGUGGCAAAUACGAUGUGGUGGCCAAUACGAGUGGCGUGGCGCUGCUCAACACCUCGGGCAAUACCACCGGCAGCAUUGAGAUUAUCGAGCACAGUCAGGAGAACUCGUUGCACAUGUUGCAGCAACAGUUCCCGUAUAGUCCGUCGCCGCAUCCGCCAACGCCGCAGCAUCACAGCACGCCGCAGCAUCAUAGCUCGGCGCAGGGGCCGCCCACGCCGCAGCACAUGCAGCAGCAACAGCACGUGGUGCAUAUGCAACAGCAGUCGCCCCAUCCGGGUCACCAUCCGCAGCACAUGCAGCAGGAUGUGGUUACAUCGAGCAGCCAGGUGGUGCACAGCCAACAGCAGCAGCAGCAGCUUCAGCAGAUCUAUCAGCACCACGGGACACCUGAGCGUAGUUGAGAAUCACUGCAUGCUGCGGCUUUAAUGGGCAGCACCGGUGGAGGAGGGGGCGGAGGAGCAGGAGGAGCCAGCACUAGUGGCAGCGCGGCGGCCAGCAGCUCGCCUUUUGCCAGCAUAUCGGCGCUGGUCAGUGGACAGAGCAGUAGUGUCCCACCGCCACCACCACCGUCGGCGUCCGUUGCGGCGGCAACAGCAACUGGCACCAGCAAGCGCAAGAAAGCCACCAAGCAAAAGCGUUGAGAGCAGGAUCAACUGCAGCCGGAGGAGGAGGAGGAGCAGGAAGAGCCAGAAACCAUUGCCGGAGUGGCCAGGCCCGAGGACAUCAAGUUUAGAUUUAAUUGCAGGCACUGGAAGCGCAAGCUAAGGCAGUUUCAUUUGUUAUUGUCCAAAAACCAGAGGCAGCAGCAGUAGAGUAGUCAGUCAGUUGGAAAGAUGACCCACAAACACAAGAGACACACACACCUCCCGAGGAUCUAACCAAUCACAAAAAGAAACACCUUUGAACUGCAUAUAUGAACAUUAAUUACACAAUCGAGAUGUGUAUAAAAUGUAUAUAUUUAAUGAGAAUAUGCUUUAUCUAAAUUAAUACGGAACAUAGUAAAAUAGUAGUAGUAGUAGUAAAAUAGGUAUUAGGUUCGCAAAGUCCUUUUGUUCUAGCCAGUAAGACGAAAAGGAGAGGAGAGCAGAGAAAGGUAUAGAUAUAUAGAGCGUAAGAGGAAAAUGAAUUUUUGCUUUUUGCCUAAACUCGAAAAAAGAAAUAUGAAUAUUCGUGUUGGGCUAUGCAGUUUUAAGAGCACUUUGUUAUCAAUGGACAUGUAUACAUAUAUAUGGACACGUCUAUAUAUCUGGGACUCUCGUGAUUAUUUAAUAACCCUUUGAGCUACGUUUUGUUAUAAUUUACUUCUUAGUGUGAGACUGAAAGUGCGCCUAAAACUGUCUACAAAAAUCAAGCCCAAAACCAUACAACACACAACCCAUGAACCCAACAUGAAGAAUCAAAUGCUUUAUAUCCAUUACAUUACUUGAAACGGAAGAAAGGAGUAAAAGGAUAAUAUACCUUAAAGUAGAAUUAGUCCAACCAAAUUAUCAAGGUUCUAGCUUAAACUCAUUAGCUCUAAACCGCAAAGAAAGUUAUUUGAAUUUAAAACCAGAAGGGCGCUCUGAAGCCAAGCAAACAUACUUGAUUUUAUUUGAUUUUAACACUGAAUUCAUGAUAUAAAUAAUUAUAGAACUUGAAGGAAACAUGAAAUAAAGAAAUUGUAUCUUUUAUAGAAAUCAGGAACAAACACUAGCAGAAGCUAGAAACUUCAAAUGUUAAUAUUAAGCUCCAAAAUGUCUUUUUCAAAAUUACAUAAAGCAAGUGUAAGAGAAAUCAAUAAAAGCAACCGUAUAUAGAUGGAUACACACAAGAAAUUCUGUAUGAAGUAAAAGUAAUACGAAAAACCCUUUUUUCUUUAUAUAGAAACCACUUAAAACAAUUGCAUAUAAAUCAAAGAUCGUCAAUGGAAGAGGAGAAAUUACAUUCAAAAUUUUUAGAGACUAGAAGGAAAUAAUGUAUAAUAGCUUCCACUAGAGCGUAUUCUACACGUAUUUAGAAAUCCAAAAGAAAACACAAAAAAGGAAAAAAAAAAAAACAACGGAAAACACACACAUAAACCCAUCUGAAGUUACUUCAACUAUUUUUGGUUUCAUCUCAACUACAGAAGUGUCCAGAGAAAGAAAGAUUUUAGAAAUUUGUAAAUACAUUUAAAUUAGACUAGUUUCCUUAGGUUCUUUUAGUUGAGCUAAGCGAUGAAGGGAAUAGGUAUACCUAUAUAUAUAUCUGAAAUUUACGAGAAUCGAAAUGUUGCAAAUUAAUUUAUUUUAGCGUUAUAGACCCGUAGAACUGAAUGCAAUAUGCUUACCUUAAACUCAACAUUUAAUUUAAUUCUAUUCCUAUUAUCUUUAGUUGGAUUUACUAUAACGUUUUUAUAUAGCUAAACCUGUAUAUCAUUGUAAAUUAAUUAAAGCAUACGAAGUAGCAUCUACAAGAGUUAUAUUAAACCAACAAUAUAAAAACAAGAGCAAACAGCAAAUAUCAUUAUAACCUUGUUAAAAUUGUCGCAAGAGCAAUUAAAAAAAACCAGCUAAGAAACUUGAAGGAGAAGAAAUGAAGGCAAAUCACAGAAGAUUUAAAUAAUAAUAAUAACGAAAAACGAUAAAUUUAAAAUUUUAAGCUAAACUAAAUGUGUAAGAGUAAACUUUAACCACACAAUAUUAUAGCACAUUUUGGAUUAUCAAAUAUGCAUACACAAGAAAUAUCUACUAUAAACCGUACAUGUAAAGGUAAACCCAAAAGAAAAAAAGGAGAAAAAAAAAAAACGGAAAGAAACAAUCUAUGUAACAGCCGAAAUUAGCGAAAACAACCCAUGUAAUAAAUAAACGACAUUUAAUGUAAUAUUGGUAUAACGUAAUUUUUAAAGUGAGGUACUAUAAAUAAAAAUUAUUAAAUAAUAUAAA